AUGACCAUGGCUUCGGAACUAGAAAUUUUGGAAUCUUACCCGCAAAUUACUGCACCAACUGAUCAAACAGGUUACACUUCAAACCUCACUGAAGAGCAAAAACAAAAAGUUAUCCAAUUAAGAACAGAACUCGUUGAAUUAGGAUACCAGGAAAGAUUAGAUGACGCCAACUUGUUGCGAUUCCUUAGGGCCAGAAAAUUCGAUUUGACCUUGACCAAAGAAAUGUUUAUCAAUUGCGAAAAAUGGAGAAAGGAAUUUGGUACAAACACCAUUUUGAAGGAUUUCCAUUACGAAGAGAAACCAAUCGUUGCAAGAAUGUAUCCUACCUACUACCACAAAACAGAUAAGGAUGGACGUCCCGUUUACUACGAAGAAUUGGGAAAAGUCGACUUGGUCAAGAUUACAAAAAUCACAACCCAGGAAAGAAUGUUGAAAAACUUGGUAUGGGAAUACGAGGCUAUGUGCCAAUACCGUUUGCCAGCAUGCUCGAGACAAGCCGGUCAUUUGGUAGAGACCUCGUGUACUAUCUUGGAUCUCAAAGGUAUUUCCAUCACCUCAGCAUACAAUGUUAUUGGAUACGUUAGAGAUGCCUCAAAGAUUGGUCAAGACUAUUACCCAGAAAGAAUGGGUAAAUUUUACUUGAUCAAUGCGCCAUUUGGUUUUUCAACUGCAUUUAAAUUGUUCAAGCCAUUCUUGGACCCAGUAACCGUGUCAAAGAUCCACAUCUUGGGAUACAGUUACAAAAAGGAAUUGAUGAAGCAAAUUCCACCACAGAACUUACCCAAGAAGUAUGGUGGAAUGGAUGAGGUUAGUGAUGACGACUUGUUAUUGAAAGAUGUGGGACCAUGGAGAGACCCUCAAUUCAUUGGACCUGAAGGUGAAGCACCAAGAGCCUACGACGGGUAA